AUGAUGAAAGUUCUAGUUGUUCCAGUAAUUGCAGCGUUAUCUGCUUUUAGUAUAAGCAUUGAAGCAUUGGAACGAGACAAGCAGUUGGAAGUUGUAGCUACUGUACAUAGUAAUUAUCAUUUAUUGACUCGAUACGACGAUGAAGCAAAAGAUCGAUUGGAAAUAAAGUGUUUUGAUAAUUUUACACUGGACGACAAUCCCAUUUGUGCUUCCAAUGGUCAAAUGUACACGAACCUCAGCAUGUUUAACUAUCGAAAGUGUAUGCUAAAGAUUCAAGAAGGUACGGAACUGGAAAUGAAAGACGUUGAAUUUUGCAAGAGUCAAAUCCGUGAGGAAUUGGAACAUGUUGAGUAG